CAACGAUAUUUUCUACGUGAACGACAGUUAGGGAGCGAGAGAGAGAGAGAGAGUGUGUGUUAUAUGCGUGUACGCGCGCAUACGUGUGUGACAUCGAGGUGAAUGCCAGAUUUACUGGGCACCUGAAUUCUUACGAUAUUUCACGGCUACGAUGGGAUCGGGUUACAUAGGAAACUCCACGGUUGUCGCGUCGAUCUGUUAAUCAACGCUGUCACCGACCCCGCUGGAUCGUUAUUCGCGAUGCAACGUGAAAACGAUUCCAUGCAUCCCUCGAUAUGCAGUUUCUGUUUAAUCAGGGAUGCACUCGGUGUAUCGUGGAAACGUAUGUUAGAUUAUGUGACGUCGAUUGGGGCCCCGAGUGAACAGAUACGUUCUAACGUGAAACGUAUGUACUCGCGCAACGACAGAAACGUUCGUGGCUAUCAGAAAACGGAAGUGGGAACGUAUUUAUGGGAAAUAGGGCCACUUUCCUGGCUAAUUGAACCUUUCGAUGUAUGUUUAUAUUCGUCCGUGGGAAUAAGAAAACUUGCCUGUAUAGAAAAUGUAAAAUGACGAACAAAACAUAAGGGACUCGUAUGAAUUAAAAUUUAAGUUAUCAGACAGGUGGUAAUCGUCGAUAUGAUUGAUAACAGUACACAUUCGAUGAAAUCGAUAAUGUGGCCGUUGCUGCGCCAGAGCACGAAACAAUUGAAUUUUCGUUAUCAGAUCGAGCGUGAAAAAAAGGCAACAACGUGUUUUAAUGAUAUUAGAUAGUAAAAAUGUACAAUACGAAACUAUCGAUAUAACAGAGCCUGGAAAAGAAGAAGAGAAGGAAUUUAUGCAGACCCAUGGUAUCGCAAGAGAGGGUAAAUAUCCAUUACCGCCACAAAUAUUUAACGAAGAGGAUUAUUGUGGGGAUUAUGAAGAUUUCGAUUUGGCAAAUGAAAUAGAUGAAUUGGAAGAAUUUUUGAAAGUGGCGCCUCCUGCUAGCGCGACAGCAACUACUCUUGAUUCAAAAAAAAUUAAGGACAUUCAGGAAAAUGGAAAUACUACAAGUCGAGAGCCUUCCUCAGACAAAGAUGCAGUUGCAGUGCAAGAGGAAAGUGUAGAGGAAAGGACAACUCUGCCGAACGAGAACGCAGAAUCGAAUGAAUCUAAACCUUUGGAACACGAUGGUGGGACAAAUAUCGCGACCGAAGAAGCAACGGAUCAUCCCGAGGAAAAUGUUGAGAAAAAUGAAGAAAAAUCUGAUGAUCAAGAGAAAGAAGAGUAAGUGUGGAGCGAGCCCAUGCGAUCGUGGGAUGUUUUAUAUUUCUUUCAGAUCUUCGGUUGUCCACCGAUAAGGGUAUUUUAUAAAAACCUAUAUUUAUCACAUUUUUAAGGCUGAGUGAAGGUACUGCCAAGAUAAUUUUCUGCGCUGCAGAAAGUAUAUUGAAUGAACAGUAUAAAUGAAAUAUAAGCGAUAAUUUUAUAGAACUGUUUUAUAUUGCGAUCGAGUAUGUUUUCUGAAACAGAUUUUCGAUACGUCAGGCUAGAAGAUAUGAAUAGAUUUCAUCCUUCUUCAUAUCACUAGUUACUAUAACGUUUUUAAUUUCUUAUGCUGAUACUUUGCAUUGUUUAUACGAUUGUUUAUUAUUUUUAAUCGCAAUUCUAACAACGUGCUAGGAGUAAUGAAUUUACAGUAUUGAUAUUGCUUUCUGUCCUAUUAGUCGCCAAAAGUAUUUCAAUGAGUUUAGACAAAUUUAUCAUAAUUUCAAAUUUUGUAUUAAGAUAAUAAUCUUCUAAUCACAGUUUCAGUUGUUUUUAAGAGUUUUCCAGAAGUCUUCGUACAUUUAUCUAUGGUUUAAGAUGUAUACUACUUGCUUACCAUUUGAACUAAGAAACGACUUCCGUAAUAUCAAAUGUAGAAUAUCGUACCGGUUUGAUCAAUAAUUUUAACUUAAUUCUUUUAAUUGCAUACAAAGUUUUUAAGAUAACAGCUUCCUGUUGUGUAAGACAAAUAAGUUCGGACAGUACAACACUCAGUUUUGCAUAUAGUGUAAUUAUUACAAAAGACGACACAAAAUUAGUUAUAAUACAUUUUACCAAUAUCAUGCGCACUAACGAUUCUUUAUUGUCGAGUAAAUACAUCCUGAAAUGAUUCUUGAUAUUAUUUCUAAGAAAGUUAGGAUUAAUUUAGGGGAGAUUUCUUAGGUCUGCGUAAUGUAUCUGACAAAAUUACAUAUUAAUUUGUUACAAUUACAUUUAUACCAAGCCUAUCCAUGUUAUUAUUAAUAUAAUUCGUGCAGAUAUUUCUAAAAAUUUACAACUAAUUAAAUACAGAGUAUCGAACUAUUUUUUCUUGGGAA